AAAGAAAGAAGGAAGACGACUCCGUGGAAACGAUCUGUUCUGUUUACAGCGCAUCAUCCAUUCCAUUUCUGCCCCACAACCCCACAGAGCACAUAUUUUGAACCAUGAUGGUACAGAGAUUGAGUCAGAGAGCCCCAGAAAACAGCUGCAGCAGCAGAAUGGUUGCUUACUGAUUAGCUUCCUGCGGUGUGUUUGUUUGUAUGUCGGACGGCCGAAGAGAGAGAUCACUGCUGCAUCGCGCAUCUUUCUGUUCUGCAUCUUCAUCUUCAUCUGAUCUGCCUCCUCCACCAACAACUCAAUUCACUGAAUCCCCCCUUCUGAAACGCCGCCACCAUCCCGCGCCAGCGGCCGGUAGCAGCAGCGACGCCCAUCUGAAAUCCCAAGGCGCUGUGUGCUAUAGUUCUCUCUCCGUCACUCCGACUUUUUCCCCCCACACCAAAAAAUGGCCACCAACUUGCCGAUGACUUCUCAAAUGGAGCAGAUCCACGGCGAGAUCAACGACAAUUUCCGAGCUCUCUCAAAUGGGUUCCAGAGGCUUGAUAAGAUUAAAGAUUCUAAUCGACAGAGUAAACAGCUCGAGGAACUUACAGGCAGGAUGAGAGAGUGCAAAAGAUUGAUUAAGGAGUUUGAAAGUGAAAUCAAAGAUGAGGCAACCAGAAAUCCACCUGAGGUCACUAAGCAACUUAAUGACGAAAAACAAUCCAUGGUUAAAGAGCUGAAUUCCUAUGUGGCCUUGAGGAAAACGUACAUGAGUACUAACAAGAGGGUUGAACUGUUUGAUACGGGAGCUGGGGCCAGUGAACCGAUGCCAGAAGACAAUGCUCGAAUGGCAUCAGCUAUGUCAAAUCAAGAACUUGUUGAUGCUGGGAUGAAGACAAUGGAUGAGACUGAUCAGGCCAUUGAGCGCUCCAAAAAGGUCUUUCCCUCCAGUCCUUGCAAAAUCAGUUUUCUUUAUACCUGCUUGUUUUGCCAGACUGAGCAAAUGGAACGAAUUGUUAACGAGCUGGACACAAUUCAGUUUUCAAUUAAGAAGGCCUCGCAGCUGGUGAAGGAGAUUGGGAGGCAGGUGGCAACCGAUAAAUGCAUUAUGCUUUUCCUGGUUCUUAUUGUGUGUGGUGUAAUAGCAAUAAUCAUUGUGAAGAUUGUCAACCCAAACAACAAGGACAUCAGAGACAUUCCUGGACUGGCACCCCCAGCCCCGGCCAGGAAACUUUUAUAUCUAAGGGAUUCUCAAAAUCUGUAAGAGUAUAUUCAUUCAUCCUUUUGAGAAAUACAGAAGAACAGACAUUCCCAUCCACGGAUACCAUCAUGAUUAGUUUGGGAGCGGAAGGAAGAAUCCGGCUUGCUACUGGCGCUAUGCAACCCCAUUCUUGAUUGUUUUACUUUGCAUGAGAUGUGCAUAUUUCGUUUGGAGAUUGUUUGUGUACUAUAUUUGUUGAAGUAUCCGAGAUCCGUCAUGUCCUGUAUUCUUUUUCACUGUACACCACUUAUAUAGCUACUUUUAGGUGUGUUUCUGAGGCAAGACAAGGCAUUUACUGAGUUUGAUUGUUUCUUUCUGUGUUGGGUAAAGGUUCUUACUUCUUACUGGGUUUGUUCUCGAAGCAUAUAUGCUACGUACUCUUGUGCGAGCUAUUGUUUGGUUGUAUUCUCUUCUGUUCUCACAUAUCAUUCAUUGGACGAAGCACAAAUACACUCGGCUGAAAUCAUUAAUGAAUUGCGAUUAGGUAAUUGGACGAA